UAUUUAGAAAAACUUGAUUUUAAACAUUAGGGAGACACAGAUACAAAUCUCGUGAGAUUUCCUUCAAAAGUGUUACUAUAAUUAGUAACAUAUCUUUUUCUUUCUUGACAAGAACUGCGAAAGAAGCGAGGCUAGACCGGCAUUACAAAACUCCAUAAAGUUGAAAAUUUUUAUGAGUCAGAAGGCAGAAAAACCGUCAUUAUCAGGCACGCGUCUGAAGACCCGGAAAAGGGAUGAAAAGGAGAAGUACGAUCCUUCAUUAUUCCGAGAUGCAAUUAUCGCUGGUCUUAAUGAAACUGAUGGUGAUUUAGACCUGGUAUCAAAAUACUUAGACACGGCUGGGGCCAAACUUGAUUACAGACGUUAUGCAGACGUACUCUUUGACAUACUCGUAGCUGGAGGACAACUUGCACCAGGUGGAUCUAUUGUUGAAGAUCCUGACCCUAACAAAUUAUCUAAGACUCAUGUGUGUGUGUUUGGUACAGAAGAGUCUAUUGAUAAACUAAAAGCUUUUUAUGACAUUUUCUAUAAACUUCUGAGAAGAUACAAGUAUUUAGAGAAAUCAUUUGAGGAAACACUUAAAAAGUUGAUAUUAUUCUUAAAAGGAUAUCAUGAAUCAGACCAGAGAAAAUUGGCAAUUAUUACAGGAGUAUUCCUGGCCACUGGUUUCUGCUCAGCAAAAGUCUUAUCCAAUUUGUUUGAGGAUCAUUUGGUUAAAGAUGGUUUAUCACUGGAUUUUGCCACCAUGAUGUUCCGAGUUUGGCUUGAAGAAAGAGAUAUACAAUCAAUAAAUGGAGCAUUGAAGAAAGCUCAGUUAGAUACAAGGCUGUUGGAGUUGUUUCCAUUGAACAAGAGAAGCUUGGAGAAUUUUGUUGUUCAUUUUGAGAAGGCUAAAUUGUCACCUAUUGCUGAUAUGCAGAAAGCUAUUUCUACUUCUGGAAUAAGAAAAAAUUUACAGAAACAGUUGGGAGAAAUGAUUAAAGAUGAAGAAAGUGUAGAAGAAAUGUUACGGUUUAUACAGGAACAGAUAAAGGACAAUAGUUUGAAUGAUAGUGAAAUCACUACAAUGGUUUGGAACACAAUUAUGGCUGCAGUUGAGUGGAACAAGAAAGAAGAGCUGGUGGCAGACCAGGCUAUGAAGCACAUCAAGAUUUACUGCCCUUUGUUGGCCACGGUGGUAAAAAGUGGCAAAGCAGAAUUGACUUUAAUGGUCAAAAUACAGGAUUAUUGUUAUGGCAAUGUCAACUUCAUGAAAUCAUUUCAGAAAAUCAUUGUCAUGUUGUAUAAAAGUGAUGUUCUAUCAGAGGAUGCCAUAUUGAAAUGGUACAAAGAGGGACACUCUACCAAAGGGAAAAGCACAUUCUUGGAACAGAUGAAGAAGUUCAUAGAAUGGUUGGAGCAGGCUGAGGAAGAAUCUGAAGAGGAUGACUAGAUACAGACCCAGUGGUUAUGUAGUUACCUCCCUUUGAAAUUUGGAGUUGCUCCCCUUUGGAUCAUCUUGUACCUUGAUGUGCAUAAUGAAGACAAAACUGUACAUGAAUUAUCAUGGUUCUGAUGCAAACUAUAUUAAUAUUAUAAUAAAUAAAGACAAAAAAUGACAAAUUGUUGACAGAUUUGAUGCCAAUUGAUUUUUUUCUGCAAAUUUGUAUGUUAAUUAUUAAUUAAGGUCUAUGUAUAUGUGUACUGAUGUCUAUGACAGAAUCAUAAUAACACCAGCAUCAAUUUCCAUGUAUUUCUUUGGAACUGAAUAAGAAGCUGUCAUGUAUAUUCAAUCAGAGAACCUCCGACUUAUUAUUUAUAAGCUUUACUUCCCUUGUUAUGUUUUAACUUCUAGUGUUGUAUUUUAAUUGAAAAAUAAAAAAGCAGAAUGAAAUAUAAUCAACAUCAAUAACCAAGGUAUCUUUGUCAUCCACAUAAAUUUGUUUUCUUUUUUCAUAUACACCUACAGAUAUUUUGUUUUUGAAAAAUAAAUUGAGUUUUUAUUUUCUUCUAUUAGUGUUGAUAUGAUGUUAUGGAUGCAAAGAAAAAUGUCACUAAUGUAAAAUGAUUCCACUCACUAAAAGUCAAUAAUUCUAAACGGGCAAUCCGGUAUUAUUAUGUUAUUUUUUGGUUUAACUCAUAAAUAAGAUUUGUUGAAUUAUUUUUCAAUGUUAUGCUUUAAAUUUUCACAUGUUUGACCAGUUUUAAACCAUAUUGGUUUAUCAAAAUACUUUUUAUCUGUGGGCAGCAAAAUAUAAGAUAUUUUUGAAAGAUUGAAAUUGACUGUUUGAUAUUACAUUUGAAUGUAAGUUUUAUCUCACUGUAAAAUUUGGAAUUACUGAAUUACAUUUGAUAGUAGUUAGAUAAUGCAAAUUAAAAGAAAAAUAAGUGUGUACAUAAUGUAAUUUCAACCUCUGACUGAUUAUAAAAUAAAUUGAACAGGCCCCUUUAAUGCAAGUGAAAAUCAUUUGCAUUAGCAUGAGUCUUUCCUUUAAAUUUUUACUGCGUUGAAGGAAAUGUGUACAAGUUUAAAUUUUAUUCUAAUGCAUUAUGGAACUUUGACAGUCUCAAUCUUGAAAUCUAAAAAGAAUUUUAAGUCUCAUCCACGAUUUUUAUUGUGAAUUUAUGUUGUUGAAUUUUAAUUGUUCUUUUAAAUAAUGAAUUGAGGAAUUAUUUAAAAUGCAAGUAAGAUAUUUUUGUAGAAAAAAUAACUUAUCAAUUUGUUGAAAUCACUUAUUUAAUGAAUUUUGAUUAAAGAUUUAUAAAAAAACAAAAUUUCUUCAUAUCCUUACCAACAGUAAGGGGUAAACAUUUAAUGCCUAAAUCAUUUUUAUGUGCUGUCCUACUUCAAAAGAAUUAGUACAAGUAACACCAUUCCUUUGUUUUAGUUCCACUCAUUCUAUCCUUGUGAUCUUUACCAUCAAUGUCUAAAUCAUCUUACAAUAACACAUUCUCAUUCACAAUUCAAAUGUGCUAUUUCUGGUAUGCAUAUAAUAUUGUGACAAAGAUUAUAACUUCGUCAAAAUGUUAUUGAGGUAGUUUUAGAAUGUGAAUAAAAAGUUUUAUGUAAUUAUAAUUUAUUUGAUUCGUGUAUAUUCAUGUAUAGGGAAUAAUUUUUCCUUCAUUUACCAAGUAUAUACAUUGAAAGUAAAUAAAACUGUUAUAUACCAAAGUUGCACUGCACAACUUUAAAAAAGAUAUAUUGUGGACUAUUACCAUGGUUUCAACUUACAAGCUGUUCGAUUUGUUCUUUUCAUUUUAAGUAACUUGUCAAAUAUUUAAAAUAUAAAUAAAUAUGCAUGUGUUUGUAUAUAAUACUGUACAUGUGAUUGUUUUCAAUGUCAACAAUGAUAAGUUAAUUUUUGCAACCUUUUUAGAAUUUAUCAAGUCUACAAGUGCAUGGUUCUCCAAAAAAGGUGUAAAGAAAAGAUUAAUCUGUGAGAACAAAUUGGUCUAUGAUAGCUGGCUGGAAUAAACAUUUUUGUCUGUCAUCUUUCCAUAUUCAUGUAAAUAGAUAAUGGCCAAAACGUGCUGCUUUUGUUGUUUCACUGUCUUGUUAAGAUAAUCUGUGAUGUGCAGUCCUUUGAAAAACACCUGCCCUGGCUAUUCUUUUUUUGCCUUUACGAAUAUUUAUAAAAUAAUUGUGCAAUUUCAUAUUAAAUCUGUAUUGUGGGAGGAAAUGGUAUAUGUUUUCAGAACAAUCUUGGACAAAUAAAUUAAGGUUUUGAACUUUAAGCUGUUAAAUCAUAGCUUAUUUUGGAUUUUUGAAGCUGAUUUUCACGUAUGGAAUUAGACUUUUUAGCAUGGUUGUUGGAAUUAAACUUAAAAAAAAACCAAAUUAAUUUUGAUCUUUCAGUUUCCAGAUCUUAUUUCAUUAUUAUAUUGUCAAGUAAUGGUGGUAAUUCAUUUUUCUGUUUUAUGCAUAUUUACUUUGAUAUUGAUACAGAAAGUAUGAUUCAUCUGCUUUUUACCUCUAAAUGGUUUUUAAAAUUGAUGUAUAAAUACCAUGACUUCUGGUCACUAGAGAUCAGGGACACAUCACCAUGUGGUGCUUAUUUAUAGCAGCCAUUAAAGAAUAUGUGCAUGUACAGCAAAUUUGUACCUUCCUUUUCUAAAUAAAAAAAUAAAUAAAUUUA